GACCGCUCCGACUCGCCUUACUUUUGCCGCUGCACUUGGUUUUUUGCCUCUCACAUCUAUGAGCUGUCCGCCUUCUGUCACCUCACCUUUUACUCCUACGCCCAUCCCACCCGUCCUUCAUCCACACCGCACAGGGCCGCACGUUGCUAGGCAGCAAGGCUUGUAUCCCCCUCCCAGCAGGCGCAGAACCCAAUCGGAGAAGUUCCCAGGAGCAGGUCUAGGUUCAGGCUUGGUUUCACAAGUUGCACGGUCAUCGGACAAAUACUGCCAGUUCAAUAUGCCAAUAGGAAUGCUCGGCUCAUGGGUGGCUCAUGAUAGACUGCCCAAAAGGCGAGUCCCUAUUGUGAAGCCCGUCAAAACGGAUGGAGGCCCCACUUCAGAUUCCUCCAGUGCCGACAUGUCCUCCCCAGCGACCUCCACAUCGCUCUCUCCUCUUCCCACUCCCGUCUCUGCCACGGGCGACUCAUACUUCACGAUGUCCUCCAGUAGCUUUGCCAGUUCUUUAGCCUCGAAUCUUGCCGAUAACCGGGCCAUCGAGCGUCGUAUCCAUUGCCAUGGAAUAGUCCUCACUCCAUCGCAGUCGAAAUCGGAGGAUGAACAGCCCAAACGCUCAGAGCAACUCGACCGCUCUCCGUAUAGGCAGAGUCGGACAGUAGGCAUGGACCGUGCUAGUCAUAGUGCGGAGAGCGUUCUAGCCUUCAUGCACCCUGCUCCUUCUGAGUCGUCAUUAGCAGUAUCUGUCGCUUCAGAUCGGCCCAGAGGACAUUCUCCGAAGGAGCAGACGAUGAAGCCUGCCUCACAACGUCGUGUCCAGCACCGUCGUCGGAAGAGUGACAAUUUCUCGCCGUUCCCCUACUUCGCCACGCCACUCGUGUUUUCGUCUGUCAAUCCACAUCUUGCGAUGGUUCCCACUCUUCCUCCUGUCGCAGAGUCGUCCUCGAAUCCGAAGCCGAAGCCGAAGAAUAAGGAGAAAAUGCGCCCUAAAACCGCUUCUGCAGCGGAAAGGGCCCCUUUACCCGCGCCGCCAGAGCCUACAGCUCGUGCGCUGGAUGACACUCAACUGCCUUCCCAUUCCUCCUCGCUGUCCAGGAUAAACCUCAAAUGGAUGGUUCCCAGCAAGCGACUAUUUGGACGCCAAACUAACGACACCGCUUCCCUGCACAGUUUGCAUUCACACCCGGAAGAUCCGGAUGCCCAUUUACUCCCAAGAAUAUAUUCGCUCCCGCUCACAUCGAACGUCAAUGAUGAUCAGGAGCCCUCCGCGACCGCGAGGACGGCCGCGUCAGUUGACCCACCGCAGCCCAGCGAGGGGCAUGAUUCCCCGGCCCCCGAGCCUGAGGACGAUCGCAAGGUGGAGAUUGCCAUCUUGAAAGUGAAGGGCGAUGUACGAGAGGAGAGCGAUCUUGGCGAGGUCAUACCGAGGCUGCGCAGGCUCAGGGCGCCGACAAGGAGGAAGCUAUAGCGCGGAGCCAUUACCAUCACUGUGCACGACAUCGGCGAUGAUGCAUCGUUGAAGAUGUGGGUCGGUGUCAGUGUUCUUGAUAGACAGAUAGACACGGCAAUUCCGGGGCGGUUGGUUCCCUUGCAGGCAUGGGAUCAUGCAUAUCAUCAUGAUAAUCGCUCAUCCUUUGAGGAUCCGUUAGAUACAUUCUUUUCCGAUUCCACACUCUCUACUCUUUCCAAUGUAGUCGAACUUCAGGCUAGUCAUGUAUCGAUAAAUGCUGCGAGUUUUAUAUCAUUCGUAUUGAUGACGCUGGUUCCAUAAUAUCCUGGUAAUUACAACCACAACGAUUGU